AUGACAGAACCAGAUUUUAAUAUACUUCAAAUGAUUUAUGAAAAGAAAAAACUAGGACAACCACUUUCAUCAGAAGAUAAUUUUCUAUUGAUCAAUGUUAUUGAUUCUGUAAUGAAACCAACACAAUUUUCUCAUCAAUUUGAUGCGUUAGUGUUUGGAGAAAAUAUUCAACAAAAAGAAGAGUUAUUACAUGAACAAUCAUCUGUAUGCAACAAAUAUUUAGGACUAUGUUAUUAUAUUUGUGAUUGUGAUCCAAAUGAAACAUAUUAUUUUUGUGAAGAAUGUAAUAAAAAUCUUAAAGGACAUAAAAAACAUUCAAAAGGAACAGUCCGAUUAGCUUGUCUUUGUAAUUGUGGACGUUGUCAAUGUAAAAUAAAAGAAUGUAAACAUGAAACUUGUAUUCAUAAAAAAAAUUCAUGUCCAAGACAUAUGAAAGUUGUUACAACAGAAUCUAGGUGUAAAUAUUCACAAGUAGAAAUUGCAACAUCACAAUUAAUUAUAGAAUUAUUAGAUUGUUUAAAUUCAGGUAGAUUAGCUGAAGGAUUAAGAAUUGCAGAAUAUUUAACAGAAAUAUUUGAAUCACCAUCAAUUUCUAGAUCAGCAUAUUUAUUCUUAGCACAAUGUGUUGUUGAAGAAAAAAAUAAUGAUUCACAAACAGAAGAUUUUAGUAGAUUUUAUCAAAUAACUGGAUCAGGUAAAAAUGCAUUUGGUGUAUUAUGUGAAUUUGCUGUUAGAUUAUAUUCUACUGAUUUAGUAUUAGCAAGUUCAUUAAUUACUCUUAUCGCACAAUUAGAAACUAAAACAACAUUAUUAUCUCAAACACCACCAGCAAGAAAUUGUUUUUUUAUGGCAACAUAUAAUUAUAAUUAUCCUAUUUCAAUGGUUAAUGAAUUAAUUAAUAAAUUUUUAUUUUGUUUAAAUGGAAAUACUGUUCAUAUUAGUCCACAUGAAAUAAAUAUUGAUUCAAUAUUUGCUAUUAAUCAUUUAAUUGAUAUUAAAGACAAAAUUAUUAAACAAUUCAAAGGAAAAGAGUCUCAACUUAGAAGAUAUUAUUCUGAAUUUGUUUUCUCUUUAAAUUCUUUAUCAAAUAUUUUAGAAAAUAGAUUUUCUUCUGAUAAUUAUUAUGAACUAUAUAAAUGUAUUAUUGAUGAAAGUACUAUUCAAAAUACAUUUUCAGAAAGUUUAUUUAGUUUUACACCUAAACUUGAUUUUAGUUGUACUGAAAUGACAUCAUUAUAUUUAUUGUUACAAACCAAAUUAUUUAACAUAACUCAUAUCUAUUUUAAUGCUUUAAUUUUAAAUAUGAAAGAAGUUGAUCCAAAAACAAAAAUAUGUGAUUCAAUAAAAAAUCGAUUAGAUAGUUCUCUUAGAAAAACUGAUAGUAAAAAU